AUGUUUGAUCUUCCCACAGCAAAACGCUUCAUCACGCUCUCCAUCCCCGCCGACGAAGCCGACCUCCAAGAUGCACGCGACCGCCUCGGGAGGUUGCUAAAUCUAGACGGCCUUAUUGGAGUGGAUACUACUCAAGAUGACGAAGAGAGCCAACAACCUGACGUUGCCGAUGAGGACGACGAGCAAGAGUUCGAAUUCCGACUGUUCAGUGCGCCCGUCAAACCCCAAGAAACCACCGAGAACGCAACCGAAGAAGGAUCAUCUACAAAGCAAAAGGGAUUAUCUAAGGAGAAAGAGGCCGGUAAUGAAGGAACACAGAAGCUGCGCAUUCGAUUGCGUUCUCCAACCCCCGUAUCCGCCAGACCAGAGGACGGUAGAUUCAUCAAGGCCUUCCGCGGAUGGCAAUACUACUUCACCGACCCGACACUCUAUGACACGAAGGAUGGGUCGAAUAUUGAGGCGCAGCUGUCAGAGAAGCGACGCCAGUAUGAGGAUACAGCCGUGACCGGCGAACACAUAACAACUUGGGCUAAGGCCCAACCGUGGCCUGGUUGUGACCUGUCAUGGCGAGUGAUCCGUCUCAAACGCCAUCAGACGAAAGUGCCGUCAGCACACAAAACUGUGCCCGUAUACGUGGUCGAGGGUGCCCUGCCGACCAAGUCACCCAAGACCAGAAAGAAGCCAGGCAAGAAGCGCCGUGUUCAGCUUCGCAACAAAGUCAAGGCGGCCGAGAUUGCCAAGGAGAACGAGGCAGAAAAGCGGACCCGCAAGAACCGCGAACGAAAGAUCAAGCGGCGACAAAAGGCCCGCGAGGAAAAGGCUGCCAAAGCGGGCGAGACUGUUGACGGUGAUGUUGCUAUGGCUGAUGGGGAUGUAUCUUCCGGUGGCGAAGAGUAG